AUGAUUCUUCUUCUUUUCUUUUGUUACUCAGCAAUCGAAGAUGGAUCCAGUACAAAACCACUAAUUAAUUUAGUUCUUCGUCCUUACGAUGGAAAGUUAAUAUGGCAAUCAUCCUCUGCACAAAUUUUACCAGCAUUAAAAGAUGACUAUAAAAGGCUGUUCACCGUAGAACCUGAACAAGUGAUAAUACCACCGCAUGAAGAAUUCACCGUCACUAUAGUAAUGAAUCCAACAGAAGCAUAUUCAGAAAUGAUGUCUUAUUCAAUGUUUAAUUUAAAAGCUCAUAUAAUUGGUUAUUUAAGUAUUGAUUCUAAAGAAUUUCUAGAUAUUCCAAGGACAAAUGCAUUGAUCACUGAACAAUUACGUUUUGAUAUAACUGCUAAAUUAGAACAACCAAGACUUUUGAUUGACCUCAACGAUGAUCCUCUAGAAAUUGACAAUACACACGGAUCUCCUCCAUCUUUACAACCAAUCACUUUACACUUCAAUUCAGGACUUGGCCAAUUUCUAGGCGUUUCAUCUUUAAUGAGAGAUAUGCGAAAUAACCUCAACUCAAACCACAACACUCCAAGUUCUCAUUCGAUUCUAACAAAGCAUGACGUGGAACAGCCACAGCAAAAAAGUUUGACUCCAUCUGAUUACGAAGCUGAAAGUCUACUCAUGAGUAGUAUAGUUCUUGAAAGGAGAAUUUACUUACGCUGUACAAAUAGCAUUCCCGUAGCUAUUCGUAUUAAAGCAAAAUAUCCAGAGAAUUUAAGAUUCAGGAGAAGAACAGUUGGGAUGAAGGAGGCGACAGUGUAUACUGGUAAAGAUAAUUCAACGGCUAUAGAGGAUCAUGGCGUCAUAAUGGAUAGAACUGAUUUUGAAGAGUUAUAUCAACAACAAAUCAACCUGACAGUACAUCCAGAUAAAUUAGAAAAGAUAACCGUCGGUUAUUUAUUGGAAAAAGAUUUUUGUCUCAGACAGAUAAAUUCAAAAGAUGCAGAAGAUAAUUUGGAGAUUGAUGAAUCUCGCUUACGCUUGAAAAAUGAAAUCUUGUUCAAGUUUCAUGUAACCAAUAAUGGUGAUUUAAAUAACGUUACACUUGUUGAUUCAAUGAUCAAUAAUUCUACUGAUAUCUAUCAAUUACACUCACAAAUUACAAUUAUUAGACCACUAUUUAAAAUUCAUCCAAUUGGCGCCUUAGAUUUUGGUACUGUUUUAAUUGGAAAAACGAAAAAAAUGGAGAUAAAAAUACAGAAUUUAACACAAACACCAACAUUUUGGUUAUUGAAACUAUGUAAGCGAAAAUUGUUGAUACACUUAUGA